AUGGACGGCGCAUACGACAUACCGGACCCUACAGACUGGCUGGAGACACCGCUGAAAGACUUCUCACCUCUCGAAAGCGCGCUGCAUUGCGACAUAUGCAAAGAGUUCUACGAAACGCCGAUGAUCACGUCCUGUUGUCACACCUUUUGCUCGAAAUGCAUACGAACCUGUCUGUCCGCGAAUGGGAAGUGUCCGUCUUGUCAGACAGCAGAUCAAGCGAGCAAGUUGCGGAAUAAUUGGAUCCUACAGACGGUGGUGGAGCAGUUUCUGGCUGCGAGGCCGGCGGCGCUGGAAGUGGCGCGGAGGGACAAGCAAUCGCAGGAGCAAGCGAAGAAGCCGGGGAAAAGGAAGAGAGCAGUGCUGGACUCGGAUGAUGUGGCGGAGGUAGAGCGAGAUGGGAGGACUACGAGGAGCAAGAGCAGACGAAUAGCUGCCUCUCAGACUUCAGAGCCAGAGACGAUCGAGAUCGAGGACAGCGACGGGGAGGAUGCCGCCUACUCUCCAGAGAAGGAGGCAGAUGAUGGACUGGUAGAAUGCCUCUUCGGCUGCGGCAAACGCAUCAAGCCAGAUCAAAUGGACGCGCAUCUGGACCGCUGCCAACAAGAGCAAGAAGCAGAAGCCGCAGCCAAACGCGCCAAAUCCCGCACCCCCAUAUCCACUACCUCCCGCAAUCGACCGCCCGACAAACCCGCCCCAGAACGAAUAUCCGAGCUCAACUACUCCCUCCUCAACGACCGCAAACUGCGCCUCAAGCUCGAAGACGCCGGCAUCCCCAACACCGGCUCCCGCCAACUCCUCAUCAAACGACACACCGAGUGGGUGAACCUCUGGAACGCCAACUGCGACUCCGGCGGGAAGAAGACGCAGCGCGAACUCUUACGAGAUCUGGACGCGUGGGAGCGGACGCAGGGCGGAAAGGCGCCGGUGGUGAAUGGGUUAAGUAGUACGAUUAUGCGGAAGGAUUUUGAUGGGGUGGGGUGGGCGAGUAGUAAUAAGGAUAAUUUUAGCAGGUUGAUCGCGGAUGCGCGGAGGAAGAAGAGCAGUCCUGCCGAAGAGUCGAAGGAAGGGGGAAAAGGGACGGAGGUCGUGGAUAUGGUCGACGCGGAGCCCCAGCCAGGGAAAAAAUUACAGACGGACGAUAGGAACGGUCAUGGAAGCCCGGCCGCAGCGCAGCAAGCGGAUCAUCCUAUGGAGAACCACGACACCAUACUGGAGACCACCAACGACCAUACCUAUGAGCAAGACCACCCCUACGAAAACAACCGCACCGCCCUCUCCUCCGUCCGCGCCAAAGUCGCCGCGGCCAACGCCAACGAGCCCAUCGAACCGCACAUCAACGCCGGUUUCGCCGCUCCCACCUCACCAUUUUCCCCUUCACACCCCAACAACCCUACCGGCCGAGACCCUUCCUCCCUAGCUCCCUCCGGAUCAGACAACCCCCCUCUCCUACAGCAAUCGCACUGGGGCCAGUUGUCGCAAUCGCAGCAGCAGCAGCAGCAACAACAACAGCAGGAACAGCAGCAGUGGACGACGACGACGCGCGACGAGCACCUGCUCAAAGACAACACGCGUGAAAUGUGCGAUUUGCAGAGGCAUCACGUCUCGAGCUCUCCUAUAAAAAUGCCGAUGUUUGCGGUGCCGAGUCGGCCGGUUUGCGACGUUGAUGGCGGGGAGGCUGAGAAGUAG